AAAUCCAUUCUUUUGUUUCAGCUAAUGGUUCGGAAAAGGAAAGAGCUCCAAGAGAUUUUAGAUAUGACCAGGACAGAGGAAACCAGUCGGUACAUGAACCUAAGAUAGAAUCAGUGAAGGUUGACGACCUGCUGGUACCUCCCGGCCGCAACAGCAGGCCCGCACAGAUUGUAGUCAUUCUCAGGGGUCUACCAGGAGCGGGCAAGUCAUACGUUGGCAAACUUGUAAAGGAUAAGGAGGUGCAACAUGGCGGCGGUGCCCCUCGCAUGCUUUGUCUGGAUGACUACUUCAUGGUGGAGGUGGAUAAGGUUGAAAAAGAUCCUGAUUCUGGCCGUAAGAUCAAGAAAAAGUCUCUGGAAUACGAAUAUGAGGCAGAGUUGGAGGACAGCUACAGACAAAACAUGUUCAAGAGUUUUAAAAAGACAAUAGACGAUGGCUUCUUUGCCUUCAUCAUUGUGGAUGCUGUCAAUGAGCGCUGCAAACAGUUUGAGGAAUUUUGGAGUUAUGCAAAAUCCAAAGGUUUCCAG